AUGGACUCUGUUACGAAUUUUUUCUGGAAUGAUACCAAUAAUGCUGGCGUUGCAACUAAAUCAACACUUAAGGGAAAGAAAGUGCAUAGUGGCGUAGAGGGGAAAAGCCAAGCAAAUAAGGAGGGUAUAUCUAAUGUCACUAAAACGAGUGAUUCUAUGCGUGGUAGUGUGUCAUCUGCCAGUGGUCAAAAUGCUGGUGGUGGGGGUUUUCCGUCGACGUCGAAUAUUCAAAAGAUGAUGACGGAUACGCUCGUAGAGAAGAUAAUCAAGAUGGCAUUACCGCCCUCUUCCAAAACGGCGGUUGAUACGAUUCAUCAUCGUAUGGUUGCUGGUAAAGAGAGGCCUAAAUUAUCUGUACAGAUUACUAGUAGGAAUUUUAUACAGAUGAAUUCGAGGUUAGGGGUACCAUUCAUGAUUAUGGAUGAACUUAUAAAGAUCUUAAAUUGGGCAAAUCCAGCGUACACGGUAUCUAUCAUGUUCUUGUACACGUUUAUUGUCUUAAAACCAUUCCAAAUGCUUUCCUCUAUCCCUAUUUUUUAUCUAUUAUUCGGCGUUAUGGUCCCGCAAUACCUCUACAUCCAUAAGCCAAACCCGACACCCUAUUUGGACAAUAACCAAACACCCGCGCAGGGCCCACCUUUGCGAAGACCUGAGGUGCCCAAACCAGUUCCUGAACUGAGUCAAGAAUUUGUCCUAAACCUUACGGAUUUACAGAACCAUAUGCUACUAUAUGUGAAAUUCUACGAUUUUACACUACUCUUAUUACAGAAAUUUGCGUUCUUCACCAAUGAGGCAAUUUCGUCGUUUUAUUUUAUUGUAUUGCUGAUAAUAGCUACGCUGAACUUUCUGUAUAUGGAUAAAUUCAUUAAGCUUAUUCCAAUCAAACCCGUUUUAAUAUUGUUUGGUUGGUGUUUUAUUAUUGCCUCAUAUCCAUCUAAUCGCGAAUAUCUGCUAACUAAAUUAAAUUCAGAAGAAACACGAUUAAAAACUCUGACUAUAACCACCAACGUUGAAACUAAGAUUUUACAACAUUUGAAGCUCAUUGAGGCCAGGGAACAUCGAUUAGUUGUGAUCUUUGAGAUUCAAAAGUAUCUUCCUGAAAACAAAGAGUGGCGUUCGGUCGGAUUUUCUGGUGAUGACUACUCUCUCUUCUCUAAUCUGAGAAUAUAUCAAAGACCUAUCGAGGAAAAUUCAGUGAAGUCGUUAGAAGAAAUAAAGCCACCUAAAGACUGGGAAUGGGAAGCAAGUUCUCAUUGGGUGCUUGAUUUAGAUCCAAAAGAAUGGGUGGAGGACGAGUUUAUUCAGUAUGUGGAGAUAGAUUCUGAAACCAAAUGGGUAUAUGACCUCAAUCUCGAUGGGCAAAGAGGUUCAUAUAGAAGGCGAAUGUGGACCAAUAGUUGUGUCCGAAAAAAGCUAGAUUCCAGUAUCUCUGCAAAUCUUGGCGAGGAAGAAGUAAUUAAUCCUUUGAGAGAAGAAACAUACAGGCAAGGUGUGCAUGGUGUGACGAAGGGUUCAAUGAGCGGUGGUUUAACUCAUAGUAGCGACGAUGACCAUGACGAUGAUGAAAAUAUUGCUAAUAUGGACAGUGCUGAUGCUAAUAUAUCUUACCCGUCAAUUGAAGAGCUCACAGACACUCUUAAUACAACUAUAUAA